UUCAAUUACUCGUAUAGUCACUAUUACUCGAAUUAAUGACUGCCGAAACAAAUAAAAGCAGUGUACACAAGGAUAAGCACUCGAAAUCAUCUUCAAUGUCGGGAAGAAAAACGAACCAACGAAAAUCCGAGGGGAAACAGCGUACAAAAUCGAAAAUGUCGGAUAGAUCGCGAUCUUCGAAGCCGAUUUCCGUGACGAAGGGAUUGAGUCCCCCGAAGAGUCGAUCCUUAAAAGUUAAGCGAGAAAGGGAGAAAAGUCCGACGAAGGGUAGAAAUGGAUCUAUGCAGAAUAAACCAACGGACACUUCUGAUCUCGCGAUCGACGCAACACAAUGGGAAUUUUCUCGAUUUAAAGAUGAAGUUGGUACUGUAUUUGAGGAUCCAGAUAUUGUCAUGAAGAACACUGUAGGCGAGGCGACACCGUUUCUCGCCGAGCAAAAACAGAUUAUGAUGAUUCGAGGAGAACACUUGAAGAAGAAACCAAUUUACACAUUGUUUUUUCUCUUUUUGGAAUUGGUGAUAGCCAUGAUGAUUCUCAUCACGUGGAGCUUCUUCGUUGAGAACAACGAGAUGAUUCCAAUUAUUCUCUGCUUUGUCAAUGUUAUCAUUCUUAUCAUCGUCGUGCUUAUCCUCUUUGCAAUUCAAUUUGGAAGAUUGAAUGUGGUGGAGGAGGCACUCAAUGAGGAUAUUCGAUUUAGAAUUCCCUACGAGUGGAAGUAUUGGAUUUGUGUCAUGCACAUUCUCCGUUUCUUCCUCAUCUGUGCCAACAUUACCAUCGGAGUUUUGGACAAUGAUUUUGACGGUGGCGUGAUUGUCUUGGUAUCUGGAAUGCCGGUGAUGCUGAUUCUAUCGGCUGGACACGUGUUUUUCUCACUACGCCCUCAAGGAUGAUCUCUAGUUCAUUAUCAAAUAAAUAUUUUAAAAAUGAAAAAA